CAACUUUCUUGUAGCAGCUAUGGGUGUCGACUUGCAGAAGAAGCAUCAUCAGAAGAAGGGGGCUCGUGUUGCACCCAAGUCGGAUAAUGUUUAUCUUCGUCUUCUGGUCAAGCUUUAUCGCUUUCUCGCUCGCCGAACUAACUCCAAGUUCAACCAGGUUGUUCUCAAGAGACUUUUUAUGUCUCGUGUCAAUCGCCCACCCAUCUCUAUCUCUCGUCUAUCCAAGUACCUGAGUGGAAAAGAGAACAAGAUUGCCGUUGUUGUCGGCACUGUCACUGACGAUAAUCGUCUGCUUGAGGUCCCCAAGAUCAGUGUUGCUGCACUCCGUGUCACCAACUCCGCCCGUGCCCGUAUUCUCAAGGCAGGUGGUGAGAUUCUCACUUUUGAUCAGCUCGCUCUCCGAUCUCCUCUUGGAAAGGGCACUGUUCUUCUUCGCGGUCCCAAGAACUCCCGUGAGGCAGUCAAGCACUUUGGAACACCCGGAAAGCCUGGCAGUACUGCCAAGCCCUAUGUGCGUUCCAAGGGCCGCAAGUUCGAGAAGGCUCGUGGUCGUCGUGCAUCGCGUGGAUACAAGAAGUAGAUUCAAGAAGAGUUCUACAUCUGGGGCUAUAUUUACCACACAAUCGCAUGGUUAUAAGACUGUAAUGGCUGAGGAAUGCCUUUUCAUUUUGUAUGGUGUGCUCUGCUGUCUUGCGAUCUAUUUUCAAGCGAAAUGAAACUUGGCGUUAUUGAAUAU